AUGCCGACCGCUGCGAUCUCCCGGCCAGUGGACCCGUUCCGCGGCCCCCUGGAAACAAUCGAACCCUGGAACUUCAAACUUUUGGCGACUGUCAUGUUUUUCGUGACAUUUUUAUCGCUUUCCGAAAACUUCAUCGUCCUGUUGGUGACGUACAAGUACAAGCAGCUGAGGCAGCCUCUGAAUUACAUAAUUCUCAAUUUAUCCCUAGCCGAUUUCCUGGUCUCGGCUAUCGGCGGGUCCCUGAGUUUUAUCACCAACCUGUACGGAUAUUUCGUCAUGGGAGUCUGGGCGUGCGUUUUAGAAGGGUUCGCGGUAACUUUUUUGGGGAUCGUGGCACUCUGGUCACUAGCUGUGUUAGCCUUUGAGCGAUAUUUUGUGAUUUGCCGACCAAUGGGCAAUAUUCGCCUGCAAGGAAAGCACGCUGCCCUUGGCAUUAUCUUCAUUUGGGUCUUUUCCUUCAUCUGGACCAUACCACCCACCAUCGGAUGGAGCAGUUACACGGUCAGUCCAAUUGGCACGACAUGUGAACCUAACUGGUAUAGUGGGGAAAUAUGUGACAGUCUGGUUUUGGUGAUCAUCCUCACUAAAACAAUUUGA